AAGAAAUUCACGGACGAGAAUUUUUCAUUUCCUGAAUUUUUCUCUCAAUUUUGUUCACAAUUUCUCCAAACCCGAACGAGCCCGGUAGUCGACACUGGUAAAAUGCCAUCCUCGUGUGCGGAUCUGCAGGGAAUUGGACACAAACUGAGCGGAUUCUUUUCUGUCAAAGGAGCAAAGAAGAUGGAAAUGGUUUACUGCAACUUUAACGCCAAUCAAAAUGACAUACAGAAAUGGAUCGGAUACGUCGACGUCAAAUCGGCGCCCGUCCAUUUCUACGUCCAGAGAAAUUCUUCAUUUUUCAGAGAAAAAACUCCAAUUCCGUUCGAGUUGGCGGUGGUGAACGAGGGAAACGCCAUGAAUUUGACAUCGGGGAUAUUCACGGCACCGAAACCGGGAAUUUAUUUUUUCUCUUUCAAGGGACUGGCGUUUCUUAAAUCUUCAUCUUAUGCUGAACUUACUUCUUAUCUUUAUUUUAACGGGAAUCGAAUCGGGUCGAGUUAUGUUGAUCAUCAGAACAAAUCCGUUAAUCAAUGGAGUCCUGUGACCCUCCAGUCGACGCUAAACUUGAAAAAAGGCGAUCAAGUCUGGGUGACGAUUAAUCAUUAUGGUUCACCAUCGUAUUUGCAUGAAGAUGAUCACCGCUACACUCGCUACACCCAUUUCAUGGGUUGGAUGUCGGAGGAGGAAAUUGUGGCGGCCCUUUGAGGUUCAACUUCAUCGGCAAAACGAAACAUUUUUGUUUGAUAUGUCGACACGAAAUUUUGGGGAAGGAAAUUUCAAGGGGAAAGGGAAGAAAAAAUGAGAAGAAACAUUUGGGGAGGGGAAUUUUUUCAGUUGGGUGGAACGAAUUGAUUUAGAGGUAGACAUUUCUGUAUCAAAAAUUGACU